AUGGCACGAGAAGAGACAGAUCAACUGUCGCAAACUUCGUCCUCCGGCAUUGAUUCCCUAGAGGAACAAGUCACGCGCGACGAUGCGCACCGGAAUGGAACGCUAGAAAAACAAACCACUGCAGCCUCAGGGCUGUCGGUGUUUGAAAAUCGCGCGCACUCGGUCAUUUCGAGAAUUCGAAGUCGAGAACCCGGCCAAGAUGCGCGCUUCACUCAUCCCCUCUCACAUACAAAAACCACAGAUGAUGUCAUCGUGGACUUUGACGGGCCAGAUGAUCCCUACAGGCCGAUGAAUUGGCGGUUCGAGAAGAAAUGCAUGACCACCUUGCUAUAUGGCUUGACGACGAUGGGCGCCACUUGGGCGAGUUCCAUCUACUCCACUGGUACGAAACAAGUUGAUUCGGAGUUUGGGGUAGGCGAAGAAGUUGGGACUCUUGGUACCUCCUUGUUGCUCUUUGGUUUUGGUCUGGGCCCCCUCGUCUGGGCUCCGUUGUCCGAAGUUUACGGGCGUAAGCCUGCGGUCCUGCUGCCGUAUUUCAUUGCAGCUAUCUUCUCAUUUGGCACGGCUACGGCCAAAGACCUGCAAACCAUCAUGCUCACUCGGUUUUUCGCCGGGUUCUUUGGCUCCGCGCCGAUCACCAACACCGGUGGAGUCCUGAGUGACAUCUGGACGGCCGAACAACGAGGAGCGGCCAUCGUAGGAUACGCCAUGGCCGUUGUCGGAGGUCCCGUCCUAGGCCCCAUCGCCGGCGGUGCCAUCUGCCAAAGCUACCUCGGAUGGCGAUGGACAGAAUACCUCACCGGCAUCAUGAUGAUGUUCUUCCUCGCCAUGGACGUCCUCUUCCUCGACGAAAGCUACCCACCCGUCCUCCUCGUCUACAAAGCGCAACGCCUCCGCUUCGAUACCGGCAACUAUGCGCUCCACGCACGCCACGAAGAAUGGGACGUGACCUUCAAAGAGCUCGGCAACAAGUACCUCAUCCGGCCCUUCGCCCUCCUCACCACGCCUAUCUGCUUCCUCGUCGCGCUCUACGCCUCCUUCGUCUACGGCAUCAUCUACCUCAGUCUAGCCGCCUUCCCCGUCGAAUUCCAAGAAGUCCGCGGCUGGAACCAAGUCGUCGGCGCGCUGCCCUUCCUCGCCUACCUAGUGGGCAUCUUCUUCGCCGCCGCCGUCAACCUCCUCAACCAGAAAUUCUACAUCAAGCGCCUCCGCGCCAACAACGACUUCCCCGUCCCCGAAGCCCGCCUGCCCCCCAUGAUGAUCGGGAGCAUCCUCUUCGCCGCCGGCCUCUUCAUCUUCGGCUGGACAGGCGACCCGCGCAUCCACUGGAUCGGGCCCCUCAUCGGCGCCGUCCUCAUGGGCUUCGGCUUCUUCACCAUCUUCCAGGCAGCGCUGAACUAUCUCAUCGACACGUUCCAGAAGGUAGCGGCUAGUGCCGUCGCCGCGAAUACCUUCCUCCGGAGUCUGUUUGCCGGCUGCUUCCCGCUCUUUGCGCAUAUCAUGUUCCGGGAGAUGGGCGUCGACUGGGCAUCGAGUGUGCUGGGCUUCGUGGCCAUCGCGUUGAUCCCUAUCCCGUAUUUGUUCUAUAUCUUUGGGAAGAGGAUCCGCGCGAGAGGGAAGUGGUCGAGGGGGUCGGUUUACGGGUACUGA